ACGCCAUGAAGCAGCUGUGCCUGUGCGCGGCCGCCUCCUUCGCGCUUCGGCUCAGCCCCACCGACCUCGGCUCCUGCCCGCCCUGCGGCCCCUGCCCCAUCCCGAAGCCCCCAGCCAGAGGCAGGCGCCAGGGCCAGGACUGGACCAAAAGUGACCAGCGGCUGCUGCAGGCAGUGGAGAACGGCGACCCUGCCCAGGUGGCUGCGCUUCUCGCCCGCAAGGGCCUGGUGCCCACCAAGCUGGACCCCGAGGGCAAGUCUGCCUUCCACCUGGCAGCCAUGAGGGGAGCAGCCAGCUGCUUGGAGGUGAUGCUGACACAGGGCGCCAAUGUGAUGAGCACCGACGGAGCAGGUUACAAUGCCCUCCACCUGGCUGCCAAGUAUGGGCACCCACAGUGUCUCAAGCUGCUGCUACAGGCCUCCUGCGUGGUGGAUGUGGAGGACAGCAGCGGGUGGACAGCCCUUCAUCAUGCAGCGGCUGGUGGCUGCCUGUCUUGCUCAGAGCUACUCUGUUCAUUCAAGGCGCAUCUGAACCCCCGAGAUCGGUCGGGCGCAACUCCCCUCAUCCUAGCUGCUCAGAUGUGUCACACCGAUCUGUGCCGCCUCCUCCUGCAACGGGGGGCUGCCGCAAAUGACCAAGACCUGCAGGGCAGGACGGCCCUGAUGCUGGCCUGUGAGGGGGCCAGCCCCGAAACGGUGGAGGUGCUGCUUCAGGGCGGGGCCCAGACGGGCAUCACAGAUGCACUAGGCCAGGAUGCAGCUCAUUAUGGUGCCCGGGUCGGGGACAAACUCAUCCUACACCUUCUCCAGGAGGCGGUCCAGCGCCCCUCGCCACCCAGUGAGCUUGACUCAGGAGAAGCGUCAUCUCAGAACUCGGUGUCCAGCCAAGAAAAGCGGGGGGCUGCCAAGAAGCGGAAGGCACCCCAGCCUCCUGCCAGCAUUCCUGUGCCGGACGACCGCGAAGCCUACGAGGAGAUCGUGCGCCUGCGGCAGGAGAGAGGCCGGCUCCUGCAGAAGAUCCGGGGCCUGGAACAGCACAAGGAGCGCAGGAGGCCGGAGCCCCUGGAGCCAGAAGCCAGCUCGGUGCACAGCCUGGAGAGACAGGUGCAGGAGCUGCAGCAGCUGCUGGCAGAAAAGCAAGAGGAGAAGGAGAGUCUGGGACGGGAGGUGGAGAGUUUGCAGAGCCGGCUGUCCCUGCUGGAGAAUGAGCGAGAGAAUACCAGCUAUGACGUGUCUACCCUACAGGAGGAGGAGGGGGACCUGCCUGAUGCAGCUGGGGCCGAGGCUCUGCUGAGCCCGUCGGCUCGGGGCCUCCUGGCCUCGCUGCAGGAGCAGGUGGCUGAGCUCACCAGGCAGAACCAGGAGCUGAUGGAGAAGGUGCAGAUCCUGGAGGACUUCGAGAAGGAGGAUCUGCAGGUGGAGGCGAACGGCGCCCCCGAGGUCAUCCCGCUGCUGCUCUACGACUCUCUCCGCGCCGAGUUCGACCAGCUCCGGAGGCAGCAUGCCGAGGCCCUGCGGAGGCUGGAGCAGCAGGAGGCUCCAAAGAACCCCGGAGGCCACGAUGAGGCAGCCCAGGAGGAGGACAGGGAUGGGGGAGCCAAGACCCCCCAAAAGAGGCCUUCCAGCGCAGGGCUAAAUGGCACCGUGACUCCAGAAAGCCAAGUUAACGGAACCGCGGAUGAGGAGACUGCUGGAGUUGAAACCACGACGUUGGAAAUAGCAUCCACGAAUCCCGAGGCCACGGGAACCCAGGCCACUGAAACCGAAUGCGCAGACACGGAGGUCGCAGGAACACUGGGGGACGGAGCCGAGGCUGUGGAAACAAAAGCCACAGGGGCUGAGAUCCUAGAAGGGAAGAUGACAGAAACAGAGAACACGGGCACCAAGGCCACAGGAGCCGAGGCCACUGAAGCAGAGGCCACAAACCCCAAUGCAAAUCCUGUAGCAGCAGAGGUCAAGGGACUGGGGGACGUGGAAGCUGAGGCCCUGGGGACAGGCGCCACCAACAGCGAGGCCACGGGAGUGGAGGCCCCGGAUGCGGAGGCCACAGAUGCAGAGGCCACUGCUGCUCCAGGGGUCCCCGCGGGUCCCGUCCUGCACCCUGGGGCUGCCGAGGCGUCGGAGAAGCUGCAGGCCGAGCUGGAGAGCAGGAUCCGAGGCUUGGAAGAGGCUCUCCGGCAGCGAGAGCGGGAGGCGGCCGCCGAGCUGGAGGCAGCCCGUGGCAAAUGUGAGGCCGCAGAGGCCGAGGCUGGCCGGCUGCGGGAGCGGGUACGCGAGGCCGAGGGCAGUGGGGCCGGCGGGGGCAGCGGCGGCGGCGGGGGCAGCGGCGGCGGUGACACUGUCCAGCUGCGGGCGGCCCUGGAGCAGGCCCGGGAGGACCUGCGAGGUCGAGACUCGCGCCUGCGGGAGCUGGAGGCAGCCGUGGCCCAGCUGGACGAGGCCCGGGCCGGCCGGCUGCUGGCCGAGGAGGAGGCCAGGGGAUUGCGGGCCGAGCUGGCCCGGCGGGAGGAGAUGCGUCUGGAGCAGAGCCGGGAGCUGGAGGUGCUGCGGGAACAGCUGGCCACGGCCAGGGCCGCAGGGGAGGAGCAGCGAGCCGCAGCCGCCGAGCUGGGCGAAGCCAAGGCCGCGGCCGAGGCCCGGGCCACCGAGCUGGCCACGGCGUGCGAGGAGGCCCGGCGCGGGCUGGCCGAGCUGCGGGAGGCGUCCGAGGCUCUGCGCCAGGCCUCGGUGCCCGCGGCUGAGCAUCGCCGGCUGCAGGAGGAGGCGCUGGAGCUGCGGGGCCGGGCGGCCAGCCUGGAGCAGGAGGUGGUGGCCACGGGCAAGGAGGCCGCCCGGCUGCGCGCGGAGCUGGAGCGGGAGCGCACGGGCAGCGUGGCGCGCUCCGAGCACGAGCAGGUGGUGGGCGCGCUGCAGGCCGACGUGGCCCGGCUGCAGGGCCAGCUGGAGGACCUGGGGCGCCGGCACGAGAAGACAAGUGCAGAGGUCUUCCAGGUACAGCGUGAGGCGCUGUUCAUGAAGAGUGAGCGCCAUGCGGCCGAGGCUCAGCUGGCCACAGCCGAACAGCAGCUCCGGGGGCUCCGAACCGAGGCGGAAAGGGCACGGCAGGCCCAGAGCCGAGCCCAGGAGGCCCUGGACAAGGCCAAGGAGAAAGACAAAAAGAUCACAGAAUUAUCCAAAGAAGUCUUCAACCUAAAGGAGGCGCUCAGAGAGCAGCCGGCAGCCCCAGCCAGUCCCGAGGUGGAGGCCCUGCGUGGCCAGGUCAGAACUCUCCAGCGGGAACUGCAGGAGGCUGCCCGGGAGCACUGUGCUGUGGUGGCUUUGUACAGAACGCAUCUCCUGUAUGCCAUUCAGGGCCAGAUGGACGAGGACGUGCAAAGGAUUCUCAGCCAGAUCUUACAGAUGCAGAGACUGCAGGCCCAGGGCCGCUGAAGCUGCGGGACAGCCUCCCCUCAGAGCUGUGGCCCCCUCCAGAUGCGCAGGGGACACGGGCUUGGCGGACCCUCACCACCACCAUAGGCCAGCCAGCCUGGGGCCUUUCCUGACCGUGUCCAGCUGGCUCAUCACCCCGCUGCUCCCUGCCUAGGCUGCUCAGUGUGG